CCUUACCUACAGGGGGUUGAGCGGGAGGCAUCUGGGAAUCUAAGGCUGAAUAAGACACCUGUCCCAGCCCUCCUGAAGCUUAGUUUAAUAGAUCACACAAGUAGUAAUUGGUUAAUUUGGGAUUCAAACACAAAUCUGUUAGGCUCGAAAACUUCUGUUAUUUGUUCUACUUUAACAAACUACAUACAACUGAGAAGCCUUAGAGGGUAAACACCUCAGAAAUAGAGGAUAAGACUUUAAAAAGACUUGUAAGAAAGCUGUUUUCAAAAUUUUAUCCUGAAGAAACUAACUCCUUUAAGCUAUUUUUUGUUAUAUUAGCUGGCUUCUGAUUUCUCACUGAAAAUUUGUUGUCAUUUUACAAACUCUAAUAGAAGAUUUACUAUGUAACAAUCAAUGGCAUAAUACAAUAUUUUUAUGCUGAAUUUUUAUUAGAUGCCACCUCAAAUUCUUUUCACAAGUAGGUAUUAAAUUAUGAGUAUAUACUGUUAGUAUUUUACCAUAGGAUACCUGGUGAUAUAACACACAUUAAAUGAUAUUGCACUGCACUGCUACUUUAUUCUCUGAACUAAUUUAACUGAAGCCAAUCUAAAAAUCAUGUUACUUCCAAGGAUGUCAAGUGACUUAAACAGAGCGUCUCUGUCAUCUUGUUCUCUAGUGUGAGAAAGGAAUGAUGACCUGGUGAAUUAGUUUAAGACACUGAAACUGCAGCCCUUUUUUGCCUCCUAUAAGUUUCAAGAUUAGAAUUUUUUAUUAUAGUAAAAAGUGCUUAAUGUUGGCUUUUUUUUUUAAGAAGGAAGAAGGGAGAGAGAGAAAGAGACGGAGUCUCAGACUGGGUGUAUACUUUGGAGUUGUUGGGCCAUUUUUGUGAAAAGGAUAUUUCAAACUGGGUUUGUACUGGUUGGUAUGCAGCAAAAUCAGUUUAGUUGGUCAUGGCCAUUAAAAAAUGAAAGAAUAUCUGAUCACUUGUUUUAUGAAACUCAUUUUAGUUAUAUAAGUCUAUGCAAGAUCGUGGUGUAAAAUUUACUUCAUACUGAGGUUAAAUGUUCAAAGAAGUUGAGAAUCACUGCUGGACGGGGACUUCUCUCUAGCCCUCCUGCUUUCUUUCCCUCCACCCUGAACUUCCACAACCUCAUGACAGGACAUUUCAGUCUUUUCUGAAAACUCGGGUCAGGGAAAGCAUUUUGGGAAGCUGAGGUGUCCGGUAGGAGGGACGAGGCCACACCCUCUCACACUCCACUCUGAGCUCCGGAAUGUAGUAAGAACAUUAAAAAUAUUUCAGCUCCUCAUUCUGAGUGGAGGACACAAUCCGCCAGUGAAAGUGGGUAACUAAGCAGCUAUGAAACACAAAAACAUAUUUACUGUUACACAUUCUUUUACAGCCAAACACCGUGUAUAUUUUAGUGCCCUCUCCCACCUCCUAUUUUUAUCCUUCAGGAGAGAGGCCUGAAUAUGGAGGUGGCCUUAGAUUGUCGGGUACAUAUUUUCCUACCCCCUUUUUCAUCUGCGCGGUUUUCAAAGUGCGUUAACAGAGCCUAUGCAACUCCUGGCGCAAUUGGCUAGCUGAGCCUGAGGAGUGAAGCACCUUCCUUGCUGGCUAAGGAGGGGGCCAGCUGAAGGCUCUUGCCGCGUCGGGUAAUGCUCAAAGGACCCUCAUCGCUGGACGGCGUCGGGAGGAAGGAAGAGCGCUCUGAGGUAGGGCAAGAAAGGGUAUAAAGGGGGACGGGGGAGUCCACCACACAAGGACUCAGAAGAAGCCUCAAUAAAAGGCAAAGUGCAUCUUUGCCGGAUGGUGUAGGAAAGGAGAAAUCGGCAGAAGAAAAAGAACACCACCUAAAAGGGUAACCUCGAGCGUCUCUGCUUCUUGGAACACUCUUAACACAGGCUUCCAGCCCAGCCCACCCAGAGCCAGGUGAGCGGCCGCCACCUCUCCGGCAUCUGCAAGACCUGCUCCUUCAUGAACUUGCCAAGAGCGGAGCGCCUUCGCUCCACACCUCCGCGCAGCCUCCGGGGCUCCGAUAGGGAAGACGGUGCGAUCGAUAUCCUGGGAGAGGAGGAAGAUGAAGAAGAGGAGGAGGAAGAGGAAGACGAGGAACCCGAGGGAAGCCAGCGGCUCCUAGAGCUGCUGCACCAGCCGGAGCCGCAGAAGGCGCGGCGGGGCGCGGGCGCGGGUGCGCUUCCCGGAGAGCCCACCGAGAGCGGCGGCGGUGGCCCAAGCGACUCCUCCGAGUUUGGCCCCAAGUUCGGGGCACCGAUGGGGUCUGCGGCAGCCUCUGCGGGCGCCCCGCAGCCGGCGAAGCCCCCCUACUCAUACAUCGCGCUCAUCACCAUGGCCAUUCUGCAGAGCCCACACAAGCGCCUCACGCUCAGCGGCAUCUGCGCCUUCAUCAGUGGCCGCUUCCCUUACUACCGUCGCAAGUUCCCCGCCUGGCAAAACAGCAUCCGCCACAACCUCUCGCUCAACGACUGCUUCGUCAAAAUCCCCCGGGAGCCGGGACACCCUGGCAAGGGCAACUACUGGAGCCUGGACCCCGCCUCCCAGGACAUGUUCGACAACGGCAGCUUCCUUCGGCGCCGGAAGCGCUUCAAGCGUCACCACCCGCCUCCGGUAGCCCACCUGCACCACCCCUUCCCCCUGCCCGCUGCGCCCGCCGCCCUGCAUGCCCCCUACCCGGGCAUGCUGCUCGGGCCCCCGGCCCCGCCGCAGCCUGUCCCGGGGGCCUAUCCCGCCUCCACUCCCGGGAGCCGCCCGUGCGCGCUGCUGCAUCCUCAUCCCCUCCGCUACCUGCUGCUCUCUGCCCCGGCCUACGCUGAGGCGUCCAGGAAAGCGCAAGGCGCGGAUCUGGUGACCCCCAGCGCCCUUCCGGCGCUGCAGCCCACGCUAGGCUCCCAGCCUUGGGAGGAGGGCAAGGGCCCGGCGUCGCGGCCGGCAGGCGGAUGCACCUCCUUCAGCAUCGAGAGUAUCCUGCAAGGGGUCCGGGGAGCUGGUACAGGCGCCGCUCAGAGUCUGCCCCCGACCCCGUGGGGUUACCGCCACCUGCUGCAGCGCCCGUCGUGCCUGUUGCAUCCUCAGGCCGCUGCCCCCUUGCUCCACGUCUCCGCCGCCGCCGCAUCCGCUGCCCGGACGAUUUUGCAGCAGCAGCAGCAGCAGCAGCAGCAGCAGCAGCAGCAGCAGCAGCACUCUGCCAGCGGCUGCGCUCCCAGCAAGGGCGCUCUGCUGGGCCGGCACCUGUCCGCCACAGCGGCGCUCCUGGGGUGUCAGCCUGGAGUAGAGGGCUCUAGGCUGACGUCGCUGGUCGCCCUUUCGGGCGGAGAGGGGACCUCACCGGCCUUUUGAAUAGCACCCACACCUGCCCUGGACCCGACUCCUUGGGGCGGACGGGGAGCCAACCUGGAGGGCGGAGCCACCCGGGGUCACGAUCUCCUCGCCGCCUGCCCUGGCGCACUCCACCUUCCACAGCCGGGACCAAGAGUGUGUACCUGCAUCCUACAGCGGAGCAACCACUAAUUUCGGUUCGCAGCGAAAUACUUACAGAGGAAAAGUGGUUAUUGUUCCCUUAAGACAACCUGAACGUAAAUGUUCGAUGGCGUCAGCGUCGAACAUUUCUUUUCCAGCCUCCAGUCGUGACUUCCAAGGCUGUUCCGAUUUGCACAUUUCCAGAGGAACUAUGAACGUGAGUGGGGCAUUUUGUUCUGUUAUUAAAAGAAAAACAAAGAAAAUAAAUCGUCCAAUGCACAACGUUUCCCCCAUCUUCAUUCCCUAGGAACUGCAAGUAUUAUUCCCAAAUCCAGCGCAGAAUCCUUGUGCCCUUUUUGUCUUCCUGAAAUCAAUGUGUAA